AACAAUACGCCAUCUUGGAUAUCACAUGGACUUUAAAGUGAACUUUCCAUCAUUCUAUCGAAAUAAGUCGCACUUUUGUUUUUUUAUACCCUCGUGACAUCCACAUUAACGCGCCUGAAUGGUUGCCAAGAUGUUUCAACUGGCUCGAGUCGUCUGUAAUAUUCACCGAAUAAUAAACCGAACAAUAACGAGGAGCGGUUGAAAUGCCCACUUCACUGGAGAGUUUUCCGGGACCAGUUCUGUCACGGCUAACAUUGUGUCAGUUUCGCUGUCUUCACAUGAUAGCAUCUGGAGGCGGAACAGAAGCAGUGGUGAUCGUUGAAAAUAGUCUAGAGAGGAAAAAGCAAUGAGAAGCAGCAUGAAGGUGUGACAACAACUAACAAGUGCUGGAGAUAGUCUGGAGGGGGAAAAGCAACGAGAAUCAGCAAGGUGUGACCAGAACUAACAAGUUGAGCAAUCGUAAUGUCAACAUCCUCACCUUAAAGAAGAAACUCACGCGCUGCAAGCAGGGUUCGAACCUGUGCAGGUUCAUUAGAUUUCAUUAGUGCUGAAGAUAGUCUGGAGGGGAAAAAGCGACGAGAAGCAGCAUGAAGGUGUGACCAGAACUAACAAGUGGGAGACGAGAGAAACAUUAACGGCGGGAGGAGACACGGUGGGAGGAUGAGGAGGGAGAGAGGAAGGCAGGGCGUCUGGCGGAGAUGAGAGUAUUUAUAGGUGGAGGCAUGAGGAGGUAGAACGGCAGCCGGAGGGAGGAGAGAGGAAGAUACAAAGAGAGGAGGAGAACUCAGACACAAUAAGGAGAAGACAAAGAGGAGAGGAGGAGGAGCGAGGCACCAUGCUGAGGAGGAAGAGGAGCGUGUCGUUCGGAGGCUUCGGCUGGAUUGAUAAGUCCACGGUCAGCGCUCUGAGAGGUCGCAAACAGGAGCACCUAUCCAUCUCCAAUGUUCCUGUGGCAGACUGCCCCCCCUCCCCACCUCGAACUGCACCCCCCACCAUGAAGUCGGCUCAUUUCUUCGACAUGAUGGACAAAAUGGAGCAGGUUCCAGAAGCUGCCGAGAUGAAGACGAUCCCUCAGAGACAGAAGGACGACUACAUUCCUUAUCCGAGGAUAGAGGAGGUGUUGGAGAGGGGGGCGCCUUACCCUCAGGUCAUCCUGCCUCAGUUCGGAGGUUACUGGAUCGAGGACCCCGAGGCUCCUCCUCCCACCUCCUCAGAGAGUAGGGGUGAGGGGGAGGAGGAGGAGGCUGGAGAGAGACGGGAGGAAGAUACACCCCAUGGGGAUUAUGGGUACCAGCUGGAGGAGAUCAAUGAGGCAGCACGGGCGUACAGGAAACACUUUCUGGGCAGGGAGCAUCUGAACUUUUCCUGCUUGGCCAGCAGUCUGGGAAAUCUGCUGCUGUCGGUGAGACACGAGGAGGACGGAGAACAUGAGCACCUCCACGUUAUCAUCAGGUCUCGGGUGAAAAGCGUCUACCACAGAUUAUCGCUGUUAGAGCUGCCGGACAUCCCGAGUGUACCAGAGCUGGCUAAGCUGUUGUGCGAUGAAGCAGCAGGACUGCGAUUCACUCCUGUCCUCUACCCGAAGGCGUCUCGGCUCAUAGUGAACUACGACGAGCACGACGUCAACAACACCUUCAAGUUUGGAGUCAUUUACCAGAGAUUUGGGCAGAUGUCUGAGGAGGAGCUUUUUAGGAACAAUGAGGAGACGCCAGCCUUCACAGAGUUCCUGCAGCUCCUGGGAGACACAGUGGAGCUGCAGGACUUCAAGGGGUUUCGGGGGGGUCUGGAUGUGUCUCACGGUCAGACAGGGUCUCAGUCCAUCUACACCGUCCACCGACAGCAGGAGAUCAUGUUCCACGUGUCCACCAAGCUGCCCUUCACCGAGGGAGACGCUCAGCAGCUGCAGCGGAAACGUCACAUAGGAAAUGACAUUGUGGCGGUGGUGUUUCAAGAAGAUGCUACGCCCUUCGUCCCCGACAUGAUCGCCUCCAACUUCCUCCACGCCUUCAUCCUGGUGCAGGUGGAGGAGCCCUGCUCCGACAGCACCUCCUACAAGGUGUCCGUCACAGCCCGAGAGGACGUACCGCCGUUUGGCCCGCCCCUUCCAAAUCCAGCUGUCUUCAAGAAGGGUCAGGAGUUCAGAGAGUUUCUUCUCACCAAACUCAUCAAUGCAGAGCUGGCCUGCUACAAGAGUGACCGAUUUGCCCGGCUGGAGGAGCGAACUCGGGCUGCCCUGCUGGACAGCCUCCACGACGAGCUGCAGAGACGCUCCCAGUGCAUGCUGGGAUUGAUGUCAGGCCUGGAGGAGGAGGGCCGGGCGGAGAACGGACACGCCCACGGAGGACUGCUGGAGUCCAUCAAGAGGGCGAUGCGAGGGCGAAGCGUCUCCAUGGAAACCAUGUCGCGGGGCGGGGCCGGACUUCCCACCAGCCUGAGUGGAGGCGGUCUGGCUCACAUCAGCGUUGAGUACAACGUGAAGUCUCCCGUGAAGAGGCGUUCGGGGCUUUUCCCUCGUCUGCUGAGCGUCGACAGCCAAACGGAGAAACACAACCACAGGAGUCUCCUCAGCGAGCAGAGGAGCUUCGACAGCUGCCACCCGAUGCUGGAGGUGAGGUCAGAGGUGCCGUCCAAUCCCAGCUCUCCGGAGGCGGGGCAACGGGACAGGAUUCACACGAAAAAGGAGAGCAGUAAGAUUUCCAGGUCGACCUCCAGCACCUGCAGCUUCAGCGUCCCUGCCGAUGACACUCACCUGGCUGCUGAGGCUCAGAGUUCCAGUCCGUUGAUCAUCUGUCGCAGCCCAACAGACACGAGAAGCAAAAACUCUCCCAGAACCAACCUCAAGUUCCGUUUCGACAAGAUGAGUCACUCGGCUGCACAGGGACACUAAGCUGUGAGGAUGGCAGCGGGAGGAUAUAAUCGGAGGUUCAGCGACAUAAAUCUGAAGAUCUGUAGAUCACACACACGUCUUUCUAUCUUUGUGAGGACCAUAAUGUGAAACACUGCUCCCCUUUCUGCAGAACUCGUCUAAUUUUACAUUUAAAUGUCAAAAACUUCUCCUGUAAACUUCAUAGAGCCACAGCUGACGGCUCCACCUGAAGAAAACACUAAAAAAACCAUCCAUUUAUUUACCUCAGUGAAAAUAUAGGGCAGUGGAAACACAAUUCACAUGGAAGAAGUGCACUGUUUUCUCAUUUUACAGGAAACCUACUGAAAUAUGAAUCAUAAAACUGUUUUAAUUUGA